AUGGCGUCACAAAUCUACGAGACGAUCCCUGCGGAGAACGUUACGGACGACAUACUGAUCAAAGCCACUCAGCUCUUCAACGAAAACUAUGGCACAUGGGGCGAGUUUUCAAGUAAUCCCGGAAAGCCGGUUAAGUUAAAUGUGCGAAGACUACGCGAACAAUACCUACCCACAAGCUCCGACGAAAGUGUGGUCGAUCGGCACCACCGUGGCAAAGGAUUUGCGACUAGUCUUUUGCGAAUACUCAGGACAGACCAUGAUACUAUAUACGGCGUGAUGAGCUCACAUCCAGCUGCCUGUCUAGCUGCCGUCAAAGCUUUUGAUAGAACUAUCGAAAAGGUAGACCUUGAUUUCAUUGCUAAGAACGCCAAUGAAACCAUGUCGACCUCCCCGGUGCCUUACAUUCGAGAUGCUGAGCGGUGUGGAAUCAUAUUCGACGGCAAGGAUACGACUGGGAUUGUUUCGGGCGUGAAUACCAAGUUCUUCGUGGACCACGAAGAGCCAUUGAAGGCGCUGGCGGUGGUCGAGAAGAAGUGGGAUUGGCCAUUGGGCAAGCUCCCAGAGGGUUAUGAAUAUCUUCUCAUACUGCCAGCAAGUGCCUCAUAA